UGUCUCCACCUCCUUCCUCCCCUGCUCGACUGCUCUGCUCUUCUUCUUCCACUACGCUCCCUCCCACCUCCAAGAAGACCACCUAUCUCGCCAUGGCCGGGGAGAACCUGCUUCUCUCCCGCCAUUGCCGCCACCUCACCUAGCUCACCUCACACUCACACCCCACGCUCGUCCUUUCCACUGGCUUCUCCCAAGCUAAACAUGGCUUUUGCCACCUUUGAUUCGCUCUACUGCCCCGAGGAGCACCUCGACCUGUUCCAUGACCAUGACCAUGACCAGCUGGAGCUCCACCGACCCCCGCCGCUCCUUGACCACGACCUGCCGCCGCUGUUCGGGGAGCUCAGGGGGAAGGAGGAGGAGGCGCUUCUUGCGGAUCAUGAGGAUGGCUACGGUGGUGUGGCUGGCCGGGAGGCGGCGGUUGGGUGGGCGCUGCGCGCCGUCGCGAGGCUCGGCUUCUCCGCGCUCACGGCCGCGCUCGCCGUUGCCUACCUCGACCGCUGCUUCCUCGGCGGUGCCAUGCAGCUCGGCGACCGCCCGUGGAUGUCGCGCCUCGCCGCCGUCGCCUGCGUCGCGCUCGCCGCCAAGGUGGAGGAGACGCGCGUCCCUAUGCUGCUCGACCUCCAGCUCUGCGCCGCCACCGCCGCCGACGAGGCCUACGUGUUCGAGGCCAAGACGGUGCGCCGCAUGGAGCUGCUCGUGCUCUCGGCGCUCGGCUGGCGGAUGCACCCCGUCACGCCCUUCUCCUACCUCCACCCACUCCUCGGCGCCGGCGACGCCGCGCGCCUCUGCCAGUGUGAGGCCGCAUUGCUCGCCGUAAUGGCCGAUUGUAGGUGGCCUCGCCACCGCCCAUCGGCAUGGGCCGCGGCGGCGUUGCUCGCGACGGCUGGCUGGUGUCGCGGCGAAGACGACGGCGAGCUCCUAGCCCUCAUCGAUGCCCCCAAGGACGAGAUGGCGGAGUGCGCCAAGAUCAUCUCCGAGGAGGCGGCGGCCGGCAUUGUCAUCGGCGGCGACAACAAGCGCAAGCGCGUGGCGGGGCUUGGGCUCUACUCCCCGCCGGCGAGCCCCAGCGGCGUGAUCGGCGCGUCGGCCUGCUUCAGCUGCGAGAGCUCGUCCAGCAGCAUCGACUCGCGGUUCGCCGCCUUCGCGCCGUGUUCGGCGUCGCCGGACACCCCUGUGCGGCCGGUCAAGCGCUCGACCGCCGCCACCACCACCACGGCGGUCCCCGACGAGGAGAGCCGGGACGCCUGGCCGCCGUCCGCCUACGCCGGAUCCGGAUGAGGCACCCACUGCUCGCCGGGAGAAGCUCGAGCAAGCCACUGAUUAAGCUAGGAGGAAGAGGGGAGGGGGAUCAUGCCACGAAAAAAGAUGUAAUCUUUUGCCACAUUAACGCGAUGCAAGAAUAUUGCAGGCGUGGAGAAGGUUGAUUCAUU